AAGUAAAUAUCUGCUGUUGAAAAAAGAGAAAAAAUGUCAAGGAGAUGUGUGUUCCAUAAUACGGGCGUUUCUAUUUAACAAACGGACUGAAAAUGGGUGUGUGGGAUUUGAAAAAGAAAUAUUUCCCGCUCGACACCGGAACGAUCGUUUCCCUCUCGCUAAAACGUUUCACAACUUCCGUGUAUUCAAAAUCCUCAACGUUAAAAUUACGACGAUCGAAAUUCGUCAAAGUAACGUUUAAUCUUAUAGCUUCGUCAUUAUCAUCUAACGACGAUUUGGGCCAGUUGAUUUUACAAGCUCGUUCAGACAACAGUUGUUGUAUACCUUGUUGCUUACCAUAUUACGAUGCAGAGUUUGAGUCCCAUAAUGAACAUGCCCGAAGUGACUUUGACCUUCAAGUGCGGCGUCAUCGGAGCCAAUGGGCAGGUCGAUCCCAACAGCUACAAAUUCCUCACCUGGUCCUACGUCGCAGGCAACAGCACCGUCUCCGACACGGCCUCUUUCAGCCACAUUUCACUCGCCCAACGGGUCCUCGGUGUCUAUCCUCACCUGGCCGAUGAAGCCACAAAGAUCGUCUAUGUCGAUGAGGACAACGACAGGAUCGCCAUCCCGUGUGAUAACAUUAAGGAGACCUUGGCUGCUUUGAGGGUUAUUACUAAAGGGCAUCUGGAUGACCACGAAAGUCCGAUUCGAAUUUUCAUCCAGCUGGUUUCGACAUCAGCCUCCGCUCAUCUUGAGACGGGCAAUUGUUUGGGCAGUGUCCAUCGUGAUUUGCAUUGCUCGAUUUGCAAGACGGAGCUCAGCGGGUUCGUGUACAAAUGUCUGCAAUGUGAAAACGAUUUCACUUUGUGUGGGCAUUGCGAGACGGCCGGCAAACAUCCCGAACACGUCGUCAUACGUUUCGUCGGAGACCAGCUGAAUUGCUUGCCGGAAAUGAAACAACUUUUGUGCGGUCAGCAGCAAGAUCAUUCGGCUGUUGAAACGACUAAAAUCAAAUUGAAGACCUGCACGUUGCGAGUUCUCUAAUUUACUAAUUUAAAUUUCGCGCUAGUUGAUUCAAAUCUUUUUCAGUUGUUGGCGCUCUCAAACUAAGAUU